AUGAAAAAAAGAUAUCAUCUAUCUAUCUACAAUCUGUUCACAUGUAUCUAUCUAUCUAUCUAUCUAUCUAUCUAUCUAACAAUCUAUCUAUCUAUCUAUCUAUCUCAAUCUAUAUUAUUUAUCUAUCUAUCUAUCUCAAUCUGUUCACAAGUAUUAUCUAUCUAUCUCAAUCUCAUUUAUUCUAUCUAUCUAUCUAUCUAUCUGUUCUAUAAAUCUAUCUAUCUAUCUAUCUCAAUCUCUCUGAAUAACAUCAUUAUCUAUCUAUCUCAAAAUCUGUUUAAUAAUCUAUCUAUCUGUUCUAUCUAUCUAUCUCAAUCUGUUUAUCUGUUAACAUGUAAAGAAUCUAUCUAUCUAUCUAUCUCAAUCUGUUCACAUGUAUCUAUCUAUCUAUCUCAAUCUGUUCACAUGUAUCUAUCUAUCUAUCUAUCUAUCUAUCUAUCUAUCUAUUUCAAUCUGUUCACACGUAUCUAUCUCUCUCAAUCUGUUCACACGUAUCUAUCUAUGUCGUUUGAUGGGUAA